UUCUCAUACCAAGUUUAAGCGCAAUCUGAGGUGGUCGAUUUAGCCCACCGUUACAAUACUCGGUAUAAACCACGAAGUGGAACACCAACUAAUAUCAAACAAAGUUAAAGCCUUACGUAAUGAUUAAUAUUGUCAAAAGUCGGCUUAGAGUCAUCACAAAAUCUUUGUUUUCCGGUCAAUUUCACACAAGUUUGAGAAAAAUGUCCAAAAGUGCUCUUGUUAUCCUUGCUCCUGGAUCUGAGGAGAUGGAAUUUGUAAUUUCUGUGGAUGUUCUCCGGCGUGCCAAGAUUAACGUAACAGUCGGUGGAUUGGGCACCACGAGUCCAAUAAAGUGCUCCCGUGAUGUUGUCAUUGUCCCCGAUGUCUCCCUCAGUGAUGCAGCAAAGCAGGAAUACGAUGCCAUCAUCCUUCCAGGGGGUCUGGGUGGUGCAAAAGCCAUGGCUGAGUCCAAGGAAGUUGGAGAAUUGCUAAAGCGCCAAGAGAGCAAUAAUAAGCUAAUUGCUGCCAUUUGUGCUGCUCCUACAGCUCUUCUUGCACAUUCAAUUGGCACGGGGAAGUCCAUCACGUCAUACCCUAGUGUUCAGGAGCAGUUCAAGGGAUCAUCUUACACCUAUGUCAAUGAUAAGGCAGUUGUUCAGGAUGGACAACUCAUCACGAGCCGUGGACCCGGAACUGCUUUUGCAUUUGCUCUCAAAAUUGCAGAGAAUCUCGUUGGGGCUGAGGAAGCUGGAGCUGUUUCCAAAGGAAUGCUACUUUAAUUUAAUAAGAGCCUGAUUAUUUGAAAAUAUAAAAUUUGCAUCAA